AUGCACCCGCGGCCCGCAGAGGGGGUGGAGCCGCGCGGCAGGGAGCAGUCCACCUUCGCCUCGGACGCGACCGCCGACGUCGGCGCUGCCGUCCAGUGCACUGAGGUCGGGCAAGACGGGCACGGCAGGGCCACUGCGUAUGCUCGCGCGCGGCGUGCCCUCACCUCCUGCGCCUGCUCCCUCCCGCGCGCUCGCCAGACCGUCACCUUCUUCGUCUUCGAAGUCUACAAGGGCGCUGCCAGUUGGUGCGUCCGGCGGCGCUACUCUGACUUCAACGCGCUCUGGCUCAAACUGUGCGAGGCGUACGGGCGGCAGAACGUGCCGAUCCUGCCGCCCAAGCAGCUCGUCAAGAAUGAGAGCGAAGAGUUCCUCGAGAAGCGCUCCCACCUCCUCGCCCAUUUCCUGUACGAGCUGCUCGAGGACCGCGCCGUCUGCAGGAGCCUCACGCGCCUCCGCCUCGCUCCCGCACCCCUUUUGCCCGUUUGCGCCUUCCUAGAGUGCGAGGCGGGCGCGCACCUCGCCGCCUCGAACGCUGGCAUCGCCACCUGCGCCGCCAUUCUGCUCGGAGAGCUCCACGCCGAGGAGGGCCAGCGCUCCGCCCUCGAGGACGAGCUGGCCGCCGCGGCUGAGGCAUGCCGCGCCAAGCUCGAGAUCCGAGCCGAGGCGGCUCGCGCCGAGGCGGCGCGUCGGCAGGUGCUAGCGUUGCUCUGGCGGAAGCGCGGCGAACGGCUGCAGCGGAACGCCCUGCGCAUGUGGCGCGCCGGCGCGGGCGGCUGGGAGGCUGGGCUGGCGCCGGGCCCAACUCCAGCGCGGCCUGCUGCCGAGGGGCGGCGGGAGGGCGCCGCGGUGGCUGCGCCCGGUGGUGUCGUGCCGUACCGCGGCUCCUCGCUCGACGAGGCGCUUGGAGGGGACGGCUUCGAGCGGAGCGGCCGCAGCAGCGGCCGCGAGAGCGGCCGGUCGAGCUUUGUUGCGCGACCGAGCGUCGCAGAGGCUGCCGGGGAGGAGCUGGUGAUGGCUGGCUCCCUCCUCAAGCAGGGCGCCUCACGUGGGCCCCUCGGCAGCCGCAACUACAAGCGGCGCCAUUUUGAGCUCGUGAGCGUCGCCGCCACCGGCCUCGCGCCAGUCGGCACCUGCCUUGUCUAUUACGACGACCUCUCUAAGGCGGCGCUCAAGGGCGCUCAUCAAUCCCGCUGGAGGGAGCGGCGCAUCAUCCCGCUGGACGGAGCCUCGCUCUCCCGCGAGCGCGAGGCGGACGGGCGGGACGCAAGCAUGAACCUAGUCGAGAGGGUGCAGUCGUGGGGCAAGCAGGCCUACCGGAACGCGCUCGCCGAGGGGCCGUUGCACGCGCCCGUCAACACGUGGCGCCUCGGCGCCGACACGGCCGUCGAGCUCGACGCGUGGGCCGAGGCGCUGCAGCGCUUCGCUGUCGCCACGCCACCCGCGGUCCUCACCGACCGCGGCAUUCACGGCGCGGCGGCCAACGCGUUGCCGUCGCCCAACACGCCGAUGAGCGACGAGGAGGCGUGCUGA